UGUAUGUUUAUCUUGAAUAAUGGUGGGGGAAGCAAAACAUCGCUCAAAUAAGAAAGCAGUUGAAGGUCAAAUAUUUCAAGGGUCCACAUUUGUCGUCUCUUGAACAGACAGAGUACUUGGUGGUGCGGAGAAUUCCUCAUCCACCUAGCAGUCAUGCCGUGUCGUAAUCGAUUCUUAUUGCUAGUCCCAUGCAUUAUCGGUGAACUGAUGUUCAAACAUGAGGUGUGCUACGAAAACGAUAAAAUCGGCUGCUUUAAGACAGGGUACCCGUGGAGAUCAGUGACAGAACGACCGUUGUACCCUCCACCAGAGUCUCCAUGGGACAAUAAUGUCACUGUCACCUUCUUCGCCAGAAAAACUGGGCCUAACAUUGAAGACGGACACAUGGUGCAUAUUAGGGAUAGAAUCGAUUUCAAUGACAGAGAUUUUGACGCAGCACGUAACAAGAGUUUCUUCAUCAUACAUGGAUUCAUUGAUACAAGGAAAAGGGAUUGGUUGAGGAUUAUGAAGGACGAACUUCUUAAAAAGGAAGAUGCGAAUGUUUUUAUUGUGGAUUGGGGAAGAGGUGUGUUCGAUAUCAAUCAUUAUAGACAAGCUGCAUCAAACACAAGAGUCGUAGGAGCUGUGUUAGCCAGAUUCAUCAAGCAUUUGAAUAUUGAAUACAACCUUCCGCUAGGCAAAAUCCAUUUGAUUGGCCACAGUCUCGGAGCACAUGUUGCCUCUUACGCAGCCAAACGUAUGAAAGGAAUUGGGCGAUUAACAGGUUUGGACCCGGCUCAGCCUGGCUUCGAAGGCACGCCAAUAGAAGUGCGAUUGGAUAGAACAGAUGCACUUUUUGUGGACGUUUACCAUACUAACAUGCGACCAUUUAUCCCAUUAGCAGGAUUUGGAAUGAUCAAUCCUGUCGGUGAUAUUGAUGUCUAUUACAAUGGUGGUUACGAUCAGCCCGGAUGUGGUACACUUCCAAAAAUUUUUAAAAUUAAAGAUUGGAAGGAUCUCCUGAACCUACCAUACAAUGCAUAUAUGGUUUGCUCUCACUUACGUGCUUAUGAGUACUUCUCAGCAUCAAUCAAUAGUGACUGUGAUGUCUGGGCUGGUAAAGUCAAUAUGCCAGUUGAUUCUAUCAAGUCUUCGACGUUUGGUAGUCAACCGGUUUACUCUUUGGUGAAGAGUUGUUCCUUAGAAACGUGCACUAUAGCAGGCUACAAAGCUGAUACACCCGGCCUGCCAAGAGAGGGUGUGUUUUCCGCUAUUACUGUUGGUGUAGAUCCUCCAUAUUGUGCUCGCAAUCAUGAGAACAUGAUUGUAAAUGAGGAGAAGAUUUCAAACGAGAUGGAAAGAUAUAAAUCUACAGUGAAAGAGUCAACAAUCAAAAUAAUACCAUCUGAGAUUCCCCAGGUGACAACUAUGGAAAACGAUGACAUGGAUGAACAGGCUGAUGAUUUUAUGUUCACAUCUGAGCCAGAAAGUCAAAACAUUUAUGACGAGGUCUUAUUUGAAAUUGUCAAAACCAAUCAUUGAUGCAAUCUCUUCAUUGUCGCAUCUUCAUAAAUUGCGCUUUCUAUAGAAGGUUUCCAAGCAAAUUACUGGAGAAAUGUUAUUGUUGAGAUUGAUGACAAUUGGAUAAAAAUUACCAAUAAAGAGAUCACGGAGAAAUGUA